AUGAAGACCGACGCGGGGCAGGAGCAAUGUGACAAAGUGCUGUGGUUGUGCCUGUUAACCCUGACUGUACCUCAGUUUACAGUUUAUCUAGACAAUACCUUUGUGGUCUGAUGCUUGUGGCGUUGUGAUAAAGUGCUGUAUCGGUUUAAUCCAGACCGAAGGUACGAUAUCUCUGUGGUUUGUGAUGGCGUUGGCUUGGCGUGACAAAGUGCUGCGUCUGUACAGUUUAAUCCAGAUACAGCAUGAAUGAACACUUGGUCGGGGGCCAUCAGCACUGACUGUGUCUCCUGUGACCCAGUGCGGUGUCUGUUGUGACCCAGUGCGGUGUCUGAUGUGACCCAGUGCGGUGUCUCCUGUGACCCAGUGUGGUGUCUGAUGUGACCCAGUGCGGUGUCUGAUGUGACCCAGUGCGGUGUCUGAUGUGACCCAGUGCGGUGUCUCCUGUGACCCAGUGCGGUGUCUGAUGUGACCCAGUGCGGUGUCUGAUGUGACCCAGUGUGGUGUCUCCUGUGACCCAGUGCGGUGUCUGAUGUGACCCAGUGUGGUGUUCUAUUAAUAUUCCAGACGGCGUAAGACUCGCUCAGCAACACCAAAGCCCCCCUGUCUUCUAACUGAAACCAAUAGAAGCCUAACUCUUACAUUUUACAUUUUAGUCAUUUAGCAGACGCUCUUAUCCAGAGCGACUUAGUUAGUGAGUGCAUACAUUUUAUAUACUGGAACUCUACUGUCAAGGACUCGGGUUGUCUUAUUUUGAGAGAUGUUUUCAAAGGCCAACGGUGCUGCGCUGUGAUGAUGUCACUGGGACAUGUUUCUACAGAAGACUGGUUGAUUGACAGUCAGUGGUUGUGGAGGUGACACGUCGUGAAGGCGUGGCAGUUUGUAAUGUAGAGAUUGGAGGGUGUUGACAGUUUUAAAGGUGGCGGUGCAGUCAAACACUUGAUUUUCCUGUUUUAAAAUAAUAACAUUUCCACACUGAGGUUGAAAUAACACUCUGAAAUUGUGGAAAGUAUGAUAAUGCCCUUUUAGUGUAAGUCUGGAAUUUCAGCCUGUUCAGGUGGGAUGGAGUUUUUGGCCCAGAGCAUGACAUCACAAUCUGAUUAUACUGACCAAUGACCAGUCAUCUUUUAUUUGCAUGUGUAUCCUCCUACUCUGAAGGGGGGGUCGGUUCUACAGCAGUGCCAUUCAAACUUUUUCAAAUCUAAUAACACAGCCUUAAAAUGGGUACUUUUUUUUUUUUUUUUUUUUUACUUCAACAAAUAACCUUAUCAAAAUUAAGAAUCUGCUUUAGAGUCUAGACAAUCAUAUCCGCCAAUCAGGGCUGUGUAUGUAAAUAUAUUUACAUUUGUAUCAACACGCCCACACGAUCAGACUGAGCAUUUUAAUGGUGGCUCAGGGAAAUAAAUGAUUGCAAAUAUAUUUCAUGAAAUAAAAUGCACACAGUGAUUUAUGAGACAUACCUGUGAUUAUUUAAAGUAGCAGGCAGUAGGGAAACAUGGCUUAUAUUUGAAAUGUGGCAAUAAACUAUUCUUACUUUUUCAUUCCUAAUGUGUUUCUGUAGGAGAGCAGUGGGCCAGACUCCCAGCAGGUGACGGAGAAGGAGAACGGGGAAGUUACAGCACCAGCUACAAAGGUUGCGACCCCUGAACCUGAUGUAGAGGCCAUCACCAAGACAGUCACCAGCACCCUCUCCAUGCAGGAGUACUUUGCCCAGCGGAUGGCUCAGCUAAAAAAGGGUCGUGGCGAGUCUCCCACCGCAACCUCGUCACCAGAGAGCAGUGAUGGGCAGCAAGUCCCGGCUGAUUUUGUCACUGACGACACGGAGGAACUCACGUCGAAGAAGAAGAAGAAGAAGAAGAAGAGAAAGAGAGAGAGGGAAGAGGAUGAAGUGGUGGUAAAGGAAGAGUGUGACGUAGCUCCCGUGUCGGAGGAGUGCGAGAAGAAAAAGAAGAAGAAGAAGAAAAAGCGGGCGGAGAAAGGGGUGUUGGCUGAAGACUGCAGCGCCACCACUGGUGUGGAGCAGAACUGCGAGGACGACCAAACUGUAGACGUAACGGAGUCUGAGGUUGUAAAUAAGAAAAGGAGGAAUCAGGAGGAGGAGGUUGCAGUGGAGGACGAGGAGGAGGUGAUUGUGGUAAAAGAGAAGAAAUCUAAAAACAAAAAGAAGAGGAAAGAGCAUUUGUAGAAAUCUAGAACUGUCUUCUCUUGUCCUCUUGGAGUGUGCACCCUAUUCCCUAUGUAGUGCAGUACCCCAUAGGGCUCUGGUACAAAGUAGUGCACUAUAGAGAACAGGGUGCCCAUUUGGGACACACAAUAGUCCUCAGGUUUCUCUGCUACAGUACAGCAGGCCUCUGGCCAUACAUGGAAGACCUCGGUCUAUGCACAGAGUGAUAUUCCCAUCAGGUUGUUUGGACUGAAUAUCUGCUGGGAGUAA